AUGGCUGAUCUGCAGGGACGCAAGGUCUUCAAGGUCUUCAACCAGGACUUCGUCGUCGACGAGCGAUACACCGUCACCAAGGAGCUCGGCCAGGGAGCUUACGGCAUCGUCUGUGCUGCUGUGAACAACCAGACUCAAGAGGGUGUUGCUAUCAAGAAGGUUACAAAUGUCUUCAGCAAGAAGAUCCUCGCCAAGCGCGCAUUGCGCGAGAUCAAGCUGCUCCAGCACUUCAGGGGACACCGCAACAUCACCUGCCUGUACGAUAUGGACAUUCCCCGACCCGAUAACUUCAACGAGACCUACCUCUACGAAGAGCUGAUGGAAUGCGACCUGGCUGCCAUCAUCCGAUCCGGCCAGCCCCUGACCGACGCCCACUUCCAGUCCUUUAUCUACCAGAUCCUCUGUGGCCUCAAGUACAUCCACUCCGCCAACGUCUUGCACCGCGACCUGAAGCCCGGUAACCUGCUCGUCAACGCCGACUGCGAGCUCAAGAUUUGCGACUUCGGUCUGGCGCGUGGUUUCUCCGUCGACCCCGAGGAGAACGCCGGCUACAUGACGGAGUACGUUGCCACGAGAUGGUACCGUGCCCCCGAGAUCAUGCUGAGCUUCCAGAGCUACACCAAAGCCAUUGACGUCUGGUCUGUCGGGUGCAUCUUGGCCGAGCUGCUCGGCGGUCGUCCCUUCUUCAAGGGCCGUGACUACGUCGACCAGCUGAACCAGAUUCUUCACAUCCUCGGAACGCCCAACGAAGAGACUCUGUCUCGCAUCGGCUCGCCCCGUGCUCAGGAAUACGUGCGCAACCUGCCCUUCAUGCCCAAGAAGGCUUUCCCCAGCCUGUUCCCUCAGGCGAACCCCGACGCCCUCGACCUGCUCGACCGCAUGCUUGCCUUUGACCCAUCGAGCCGCAUCAGUGUCGAGCAGGCCCUCGAGCACCCCUACCUUCAAAUCUGGCACGACGCUUCCGACGAGCCCGACUGCCCUACAACCUUCAACUUCGACUUUGAAGUCGUCGAGGACGUCGGCGAGAUGCGCAAGAUGAUCUUGGACGAGGUCUACCGCUUCCGCCAGCUGGUCCGCACCGUCCCCGGAGCCACCCAGGCUGGCUCGCAGGCCGCCGGCCAGCAGCCAGGUGCCAGCCAGGUCCCCAUCCCGUCAGGAAACUCCGGAUGGACGUCUUCGGAUCCCAGGCCGCAAGAGUACGCCGGUCAGGGGGGUGGCCUGGAAGCCGACCUUGCCGGCGGUCUUGAUCACCGAAGAUAA